AUGGCCCAUCUCGCGUUGCCUAUCGAGAUUUAUGAGCACAUAUUUCAACUCCUUGUACCAUCGCCAACAGAAGAUGCCGACGUCUUUGCUCUGGCACAAUGUGCAGCAACAAGCUCGUUCAUGCGGUCCAUCGCUACUGCGAACCUGGUGUGGAUGGCGCACUAUCAAGUGCGCUACCUCGCGAGCAAUCCGAUCAAAGAAACGGAGAGGAUUGCAGCCUGCAAUGGCAGCUACUUCAAGCUUUACCGGAUGCGACGGCUGCUCGAUAGGAGGGCGCUGGAUACCCUCCAGGAUGCUAUCUACCGGAAGCAAGGCCGAUGUACCACGGGACGCCUAUUCGCCUACGAUCUUGGGAUAGACGUCCAUGACGUGCUCCGUACCCAAUCGGUAAUGCGAUGGCCAAGAAAUAUAGCCAAAACUGACGAGCCGGCGCUCGAUUCCUUGACGCUGGACUGGAUUGCCAGGCCGUAUUGGGCAAGAGAGGCGAUGACGGUUAUUACGAAGUUGGAGGCGUUGCGGCUCUGGAGGAAGGUGGUUGUACAACCGCAGUAUGUGAGUUUUGCGGAGGGGUUUGCGGCUUUCAGUGGGUUUAGGGGUGUUAGUCCACAACAGGUAAUCAAAGACCUCAAUGCGCUAUGUAAACGUUGCGAAUCACACUUGCGAGCGAAGGGCGUCAGUCUUGAGAGUGGACUGGAGGACUAUGAUGUGGUGAAUAUCUCCAACGAGAUAUGUUUGUGGAUGCGUGAAGAGGGUUUUCGGCUUGCCGCAGGCGUCGACUAUCACCGGAUGGAGAACCACUUCCUUGACUGUGUGAUCACCACACACCGAGAUACGCUACCCCUCUCGCUAGUCGUCAUUUUCGUCUCUCUCGCUAGGCAUCUCGGUGUCGAAGCUCAUCCAGUCGGCUUUCCUCAACACGUGCACGUCCUUGUGCGCGGACAUGUACCGUCCACAAGUCGAUUCUUCUUCCCUGGUUUCCCCGAACGAGGCGAGGAGUACAUCCAUCUCGACAUUGCUAAGUCUGACGAGCGGCUGGUCCUCCCCCGAUCGCACUUGAUUAGUAUACUGGAGGGUAUGGGCGUCACAAACUCGGUCCAGCAGGGGCAGUUGCUCCAGCCUGCGAACGUUCGGGAUAUGUGUGGGCGAGCCGGGAGCAACGUCCAACAUUCCUUCCAUACCGAACUGGAAGCACUUGCUAAUCCCAACGGCCCGAGAUACUCGUACAUACGGGAUUGCGUGCAUGCAGCUAUGAGCGCAUUCGUCAUGCUCUCCACUCCAGGCACGAGGGGAGCUACGACCAUGCUAAUGCACAUGCUGAACUAUGUCGAAGACGCACAUAGGCUUGACUGGUGUCUCAUGCAAUACGAGGUCUUCCCGAACGACGUUGGCCAUCACACGAACGAUGUAGGAGCGGUGCAAGUUCGGGACCAGCUCAUCCACAUGUACGAGCUUCAGGAGACGAACGAGCUUCAGGCGAAACGAGAUGCCGACAGUAUGCCCCUGGCCGUAGACGGCACGAAUGUCGAAUUCCACGUGGGGACACUCAUGCGCCAUGCCAAGUUUGCAUACAUAGGCGUCAUCGCCGACUGGAAUACGAAAUGUCACCAGCCUGAACAGUGGAUGCGUGAGAUGGGGGUAGAUAUGCUCUCUCGAGGCCGGAACCAGCCGUUCUAUACCGUAUUUGCUAUGGACGGUACUGUGCGAUACGUGGCAGAGGAGAACGUGGAGGUUCACACUCUCCCGAGCGAUACGUGGGGUACGAUCCGGGAGCUGCUUAUGAACGCGAAGAAUAUAGAGAUGCAUUUUGACCGAGCUGAAGUGGGGAAGAACGGAGUGGGGAAGUUCAUCAUGGGUGCGGAUCUGCGACGAGAGUUUCCGGGUGACGUCCUCCUCGCGCAGAAAGAAUUGGGUGAGCUACAGCUGUUUAUCCUCGCGAAGACAGAACAAUCAGUAGUUGUUCCUCCCGGUGUUACCCAUCCCACUGCCCCCUGGAAGCCGCCCUGGCCCGUCCCGCCCUGGCCGCCCAUUCCUCCACCGCCCAAGCCACCUGUAUCAGAGCCCGUACCGCCACUGCCGUACCCCGAGUCGCCCUGGUUCCCAUAA